AUGUCUUCUCCAGCUCCAAAAUCACCGGAACAAUCAGAUAAAAGCAAAAAAUACGACAGGCAAUUGAGGUUAUGGGGCGAUCACGGACAAAAACUACUAGAGAAUUCAAAAGUUUGUCUCAUAAAUGCCACUGCUUUAGGAACUGAAAUCUUAAAAAGUCUAAUUCUACCGGGCAUAGGAUCGUUCACUAUUGUAGAUGGAGAAAAAGUUACUGAAGAAGAUAUCGGUUCAAAUUUCUUCUUAGAAAGCGACAGUAUUGGCCUAUCGAGGGCCCAAGUGGCUACUCAAUGUUUAUUAGAACAUAAUCCAGAUGUAAGAGGUGAUUAUAUCGAUGAGUCUCCUGAACAUGUUAUGUCUCAUACACAGGACUUUUUUAACAAAUUCACAGUCGUUAUUGCAACAUCCUUGCCUGAAAAAGUUUUAAUACCUCUAUCGAAGCACCUUUGGGAAUCUGAUGUUCCGUUCGUAGUCUGUCGAAGCAUAGGAUUUCUCGGUUACAUUCGACUGCAAAUCAAAGAACACACGGUAAUCGAAGCUCAUCCGGACAGCGAAAAUCCGGAUCUUCGCCUUUUAACCCCAUGGCGUUCCUUAAAAGAGCAUCUCGAGAACAUAGACGUGGCUAUGUUGGACCCGAAGACUCGCAGCCACACGCCCUCUCUCAUCAUUUUAUACUACUAUUUAUCGAAGUACAAAGAACUAAACGGUGGUCAAAUUCCCCAAACCAGACAAGAGAAAGAGGCGCUCAGGAAGAUGAUUCGAGAUAGUCCGGUGGCCGACGAGGGUAGCACUAGAAUUUUAGAAGAAAACUUCGAAGAAGCUAUCCGCUUUAUUAACACUUGCUUGAAACACCCCGUAAUUCCCCGUGAUGUACAGAAAGUUUUGGAUGACGAUUGUUGCAAGAAUAUCACCCAAAAUAGUUCUUCGUUUUGGAUUAUGUGCGCCGCUUUAAGGGAAUUCGUGGAAUGCGAAGGAUCCCUGCCGAUCAGAGGAAGCUUGCCAGAUAUGGCAGCCGAUACCACAAGUUACAUAGCAUUGCAACAAUUGUAUAACCGUCACGCGGAAACGCAAGCCGAAGUCAUUUACAGAAAAGCCUCCGACAUAGCUCGAGAUUUGGGCCUUCCUCUAGAUACCAUUACUCAAAACGAAGUGAAGCUCCUAUGCAGACAUGCCGGUGAACUCAAAGUAAUCAGAGGUAGUUGCAUAGCGGACGAAUACGAACGAACACAGCUGGACCUUUCGUUUUACCUCGAAGAUCCGGAUAGUUUAAUGUUUUACUACGUAAUUUUAAGAGGUUUAGAACGUUUUAUUAGCGAAUUCAAUACGUAUCCCGGACAAUUUGACGAUCAGGUUGAACCGGACGUGCUGAAGUUGAAGAGCAUCAUCGGGAAGUUGCUCUGCGAAUGGAACUGUUCGCAGGUGUUGAGAGACGAAAGGGUGCACGAAGUGUGCCGUUAUGGAGGUGCGGAAAUUCAUUCUGUGUCGGCCGUUUUGGGGGGAUGCGCGGCCCACGAAGCGAUAAAAUUGAUCACCCACCAGUACAAACCGUUGGACAAUGCUUUUAUUUACGAUGCUAUCAGCUCGAAUUCGGCCACGUUCUGUCUUUAA